CCCUCCGGUCCUCACGGCCCCCCCUCCCACAUCAGUCGGAUCAAGAUGGCGGCAGAGGCAGAGUACGAGUCCAUCCUGUGCGUUAAACCGGACGUUAACGUUUACCGGAUCCCGCCGCGAGCCUCCAACCGAGCAUACAGGGCAGCUGACUGGAAGCUGGACGCUCCUGACUGGUCUGGUCGAAUGAGGAUCACAGCGAAGGGCAAAGUGGCGUUCAUCAAACUGGAGGACAAAGUCUCAGGUGAGCUGUUUGCUCAGGCUCCGGUUAAAGAAUAUCCCGGCGUCGCCGUGGAGACCGUCAGCGACUCCAGCCGCUACUUUGUUCUGCGGAUACAAGAUGAUAACGGUCGCAGCGCUUUCAUCGGAGUCGGCUUCGGGGAUCGAGGCGACGCCUUCGACUUCAACGUGGCUCUGCAGGAUCACUUCAAAUGGGUGAAACAAGAGAACGAACUCAGUAAAAACGCUCAGCUCGGAGAUUCAGGGCCCAAACUGGACCUGGGCUUCAAGGAAGGACAGACCAUCACACUCAACAUAGGGCAAGGUAAGAAGAGGGAUAAGCCCCGCCCCCAAGGCUCAGGUGGGUUCGGACUCCUCCCACCACCACCUGGAGGCAAGAUAGCCCCGCCCCCUUCGUCAGGCUCGUCCAAUCACAACAUAGUCCAGCAGACGGGAGGCACAGCGACAGGAUGCUUGCUGGAGCUGGACAGCAGUAACUCCAACACCGUGGUCCAGUCGAACCCUAGUUCAGAUCUGUGGGGAGAUUUCUCUGCUCCUGCAAGCUCCGUUCCGCCUCCGUCUCGACCACAGAACUCCACUAACUGGAUCCAGUUCUGAGACGUCGAUCACGUCGGUCGUGAUUUCUCAUCUCACCUGCAUCUGUGUCCGUCGCUUCCCGUGCAUCACGCUGAGAGUAACUCCGCCUCACCGACCCCUCAGAAACAGAAAGACCGCAGAGCUGCAGAAUCAUCCUCCUGUCCAGCAUCCCCUCAGGAGACGAAGCCAUCAACACCAAACGAGCCGUUCUGACCAUAUUUAAGGGCUACGAGCAGCAGCUGUUCCUCCCCUGCAGGUGGUGCUGUGAGCAGAGGGUUGUUUUUGUCUCUGCAGCAGCUCCCCCUGCAGGCCCGGCAGAGAACUACACCUCAACAAGAUGCCGCUGCUUUCUGUCUGUACACAUUAGAGGAAGGAGAUUCUCAACAUUCUAAAAUGCUCUAGGAUUGGAGUUUAAAUGUGAUUCUUGUCUUAAAGCCUCAUUAGAUGGAUGAGUUUCAGAUCACAGCACUGAUUAGAAUAGAAACAUUUUGUGACUGAAUUAAGGAUCAUGUCUUAAAAUUACAUAAAUAGCUGCAAACCUCAUCAUGUCUAAUGUCCAAUUUGAUGCCAAAUUCCCAACACCCCAAAAAAAUAUUGUUUCUUUGAAAAAAAUCCAAAAAUUCAGCAAAAAAAAUCCCCAAAUUUCUGAAAAUUUGCAAAACCUUCAGGAAGAAAAUUCCAAUCAUUCCUUCAAAGUUUACCUUCAAAGUUUUAUUUUAAAGAAUCCCCCAAAUUUGGGAAGAAAACUCUUGUAAAUAUUUUUUAAAAAUUAAAUAAAAAUCUUCCAAAAAAUCCUAAAAAUAUCUAAAGUGAUUCCAUAUAUAUAUCAGUAAAACUUCUAAUAUUUUCUUUAAGAACAUUCACAAAAAAAUCAACCAAAAUCCAGUCAAAUUCACUGGAUUUUGGUUGAUUUUUUGUGAAUGUUCUUAAGAAACAUUUUUAAAAUUUCUUUUUUUCCACAAAAAAAUGUUCAAAAAUUUCCCAAAAAUGUUGAAAAUGUGGACAUAAGAAGUUUCACUGUGAAAAUUUUUUCCCCCACAUUUUCAAACUUUAAAAUGGGUCAAUUUUGACCCUCAGGACAACAGGAGGGUUAAAUCAAUUCAUAGAUGCAAUUUCCAAGCAUUAGUUCACAUCCUGUCCUUAAAUGACCUUUAUUAGAUGAUCAGGAAUUACCCUCAGUGGAGUAUUUAGUGUGGCUGGAGGAGAUACAGCAAGUAAAAUGUGUUCAUAAAAAUAUAUAUCUAUGUACAAGGUCACGCUGCUUAAAUCUUGAGAAUUUAUGUUUACAAUCUAAAAUCAUGUGUUUUUGUUUACUUCUGGGUGCUUUUUUGUUGUUGCAGAGCUGAAAUCAGACACAGAUUCUUUACUGUUGUAUAUUUACAUUUUUAAAUAAGCUAAAAAGAAUUAAAUGUUGCAUAUCUUUCUGCUGUUUGUCAGCUGGCAGUAAAUGUAAAACUACUGAAAUACUUCUUCACCGCAAACAUGCAGUUAAGUUGCCUGUUUGAUCGUCUAGUUGAAUGAGAAAUGGGAAAGGUUCUGUCUGCAGAGCUGCACCUUAUGCAUUAAAUAUGCAGUUUGUAAUUAACGUCACCCAGAUUUAAAGUUAAAUGCUGAGGAAGCUUCUAAACCAGGGGUGUCCAACAUGCAGCCCGUGGGCCAAAAGCGGUCCUCCAGAGGGUCCAAUCCGGCCCUCAAAGUGUAAAAAUUCCAGAGAAGACAUUAACUGCUGAUUGUAAAUUAGUAAAACUAUAAAUUUCAAAUCAUUUCUAGACCAUGACAAGUUGUUUGAUUAGAAAGUAAAAUACUAGAUUGUUCAUUGUUCUAUUGUUGUUUUGUGUCUAAAUUUUGCAAUAUUUUGUCUUGUUUUUAUUGGUUUUUGACUUUUUGUCGUUUUGUUUCUCGUUUGUCGUAUCGUUUCCUUUUUGUCUCACUUGUGUUUUUUUCUUAUUUUUGUCAUUUUGUGUUUUGCUUUAUUCGUUGUUUUGUGUGUUGUUUGUGUCGUUUGUCUACUUUUUUUGUCAUUUUGUUUCCUUUUUGUAAUAUUUUGUCCUGUUUUUGUCAUUUUUUGUCUCUUUUAUGUAAUUUUUUAUAUCGUUUGUCCAUUUUUUGUUGCUUUUUAACUUUUUUGUCUCGUUUGUGUUGUUUGUCUACUUUUUUGUCAUUUUGUAACUUUUUUGUCCAAUAUUUUGUCUCUUUUUUUGUUUCGCAUCGUUUGUCGCAUUGUCUUGUUUUUGUUUUUUGUCUAACUUUUGUUGUGUGCUUCUCAUUUUUGUCAUUUUGUGUUUCCUUUUUGUCUUGCUUGAGGUUUUUUUGCCUUAUUUUUGUCAUUUUGUGUUUUCAUUGUUUUGUGCAUCGUUUUUGUCGUUUUGUGUGUUUUUUUGUCUUGCCUGUGUUGUUUGUCUACUUUUUUGUCGUUUCUUGUUUUUGUCAUUUGUCCACUUUGUGAACAUUUUCACAAUUAACUUUUUUGCACUGAAACAAAGGAACCAUGAGGAGUUGUGGUUAUUUAUCAGUUAUUCUGCUGUGGUUUUACUGGUUUUACUGGAGAUCAGACUGGGCUGGAUGUGGAACCUGAACUAAGAUGAGUUGGACUCUCCUGGUCUAAACAGUUCCUCUCAGUGAGUUAUGAUGAUGAGAAAAUAGACGGCUGCAGGGCUUGAAUUCAGUUUCCUGCUUUUUCGUGUUUGUGAAAUGACCAUGCAGACUUCUUUUAAUGGAAAAAUGUUUAUCUAGCUGCAGUUUAAAUGCAAAGAGUCCUGUGGUGGAUUCAUGAAUGGUUUAAUGCAGCAGAUGCAGGAGCAACAGAUGAGUCGGACAAUCUGAGGAAAGCAUCUGGAAGUUAAAAGCUUCAGAGUCAGAGAAGAUCAACAAACUGGAGCUAGCAGCUAGUUAGCUUAGCUUAGCUCUACACCUGUGAACACAUUAUUUUGAGUUUAAUUUCUGUUUCUUUCAGUCCUGAUGAUGCUGAGUUAAAGAAUGAUGUGCUAUAAUCCUCUCGUGGCCUGACAAAAGAAACAAGUUCCUUUAUCGAGCUUCGAGUGAAAACCUAAAAUGAUUGUUUCCUCCUGAAUGUCUUCAUGGCAGCAGAUGAAAUGUUCAGAUUGUGUUUACAGGACCUUUGGCUUCUGAAGCUGUUUUUGACUGUGAAUUAAUUUGCGUAGAGUUUUGAGAUUUACUGUAUUUACAGUGGCAUUGAGCUGUAGGGCUGGUGGAUAAAUCAUACAUGUGUGUUGUGUUUACAUCGCUCCCACUGCUGGCUGAGAUUUAAAAAGACAAAUGUCUCCCAUUCCUCACUCAUUCCACCGACUAACACUUUGAUUUAUGACCAAUUUCAUGAGAAAGAGGCAAUAAAUCCUUUCAAAGGA